GAGCUCUAUCACGUGGUUCUGUGUCGAAGGUCAGUGCAGCACAAUGGAGCUGCCAGAGUACGUCCUAAAAGGGUUGCAAUUGCUGGCCGAUCCCAGCCACUUCUCCAACAAAACAUUCCGCAUUUUGGUAGAAGCAGCUUUUGAGAGCCUCAUAAACCCACAAACAGACGGAGCAGUAUUUGACCAUGUAGAGCUGGGAAAUUUGGACUUGACUUUGCUGAAACAAUGCCAUGUAGCCAUCGCAACGUGUGUAUUGGAGGCAGGAAAACAAAACGCCGACAAGCCGACUAUAAGCUCGGUACUUGAAGACUGUAGAUUUGGAGCAGAAAGGAUAGACAUAUUUUGCACAGCAUACCAGAAGAACAAAGAUAAAGUAGAAAUCUUACUAGGAGGCAUAGGAAGAUUUCCUUCUCAUAUCACUGAUGCCUCUUGGCGCCUGGAGUAUCACAUUCGGAAUAACCAUCUUCACAAAGUCAAUCAACCGGCAUACUUAUUAACCUUAAAUGUUGAGAACGGGCAUUCCAGGAAACCUCACGACGUUACUUUUCACUGUACCAUGGAGCAGUUGCAGGAUCUUUUGGGAAAGUUGAAGGACGCGGCUAAAAGCAUGGAAAAGGCGAGUCAGAUCUUUAUUAUGGGGUCCCCGGUGCUCGACAGCGAGAGCCGUCUAAAAGCAAGCACGGCCAUGCUUGAGUGCCGCAAUCCCGGCGUGCACUAUCAAAGUGAACCUCUCUGGUGGAACCGCCGCGACCCAUUAGUCGCCCUGGGAAAGGAGAACAGGCGACUGCAGAAGGAAAUCCUUUCAGGACGCGGCCAUUUUAGUCAGAAAAUGCACCGAACAACACGUAUCAAAAUAACUGAACUGAACCCUCAUUUGAUGUGUGUGUUGUGUGGAGGAUACUUCAUAGAUGCAACAACCAUCAUUGAGUGCCUACAUUCAUUUUGCAAGACCUGCAUCGUCCGUUACUUGGAAACCAGCAAGUACUGUCCCAUUUGCGACGUGCAAGUUCACAAAACUAGGCCCCUUCUUAACAUUAGGUCAGAUAAGACGUUACAAGAUAUUGUGUAUAAAUUAGUUCCUGGCCUCUUCAAAGAUGAAAUGAAACGUAGAAGGGACUUCUAUGCUGCUCAUCCUUCUGCUGAUGCAGCAAAUGGCUCUAAUGAAGACAGGGGUGAAGUUACAGAAGAAGAAAAGAGGAUUAUAACAGAUGAUGAAAUCAUUAGCUUGUCAAUAGAGUUCUAUGAACAAAAUAAGACUGAACGAAAAGAAACUUCAGAAAAAGAGAAAACAAGAGAUGAGAUGAAUGACAAGAGAUAUUUGCGGUGUCCAGCAGCUAUGACUGUGAUGCAUUUAAGAAAAUUUCUUAGGAGUAAAAUGGACAUCCCUCAAGCAUUUCAGAUUGAUGUUAUGUAUGAAGAUGAACCAUUGAAAGAUUAUUACACUCUUAUGGAUAUUGCCUACAUUUAUGCAUGGAGGAGGAAUGGACCACUUCCUCUAAAAUAUCGAGUCCAGCCAACAUGCAAAAGAAUUAAAAUUGGUCAUCAACAAGACCGAUUCAAUAACACCAGUGGAGAGGUUGAAAGUGACUCUGGGAGUGAUAAGGCUAAUAGCCCAACUGCUGCACCAUCCACAUCAUCAUCACUGCCUAGUCCCUCUACUCCAGGGCAGUCUCCACAUCCACACUUUCCUCAUAUAUCUACUACAAUGAAUGGUUCCUCCAAUGCCAAUACUAACCAUCAUAUCCCAUUCAACAGCAACAGACCACGCAAAUCAUCUGUUAAUGGCUCAUCAGCAUCAUCAGGCUGACAGUAUUCACCAAACUGAUGGUACAGCACAUGUAUUCGAAGACCUGUUCAUACCAUGUGAUAAUAUAUAGAUAGAGAAUGCUUAGCAUUGUGAGCAUUGUUAACAUCACUAUUUUGUAGUGACUUGUACAUUUUGGUUCAAAGCAAGAAACAAGAUGUGGCUAUAGCCAGAAUAGCCUUGACAACAUCUUUUGCUCCUCCAAGAUGGUUUUCCAAUUUUUGGGAAUGCAAAAUAGCAAUGGAUCUACAUCACUGCAAAGUGUAUUGCAAAGAUUUAAGGAGAUGUGCAUCAACAGUGUUGGAUUUAAUGACUCAUGAUUCACUGGAGCUGAUAUUCAGUGAAAAAUGAAGGAAGGAAAGCUGGGAAGGCAGUUAUUGUAAAGAUGUAAACGUUGGAAAAUAUUUUGUAUAACUGUUUUAAUUGAAGUUUACUAUAUCUGUAUAUCAACAUACUUUUAAUUUGCUGGUAUUGCAUUGUUAUUGACUGACUGUUCAGAUGAAAUAUAAAUGGCUAGUGAAUUGUCCACAAAGACACCACUUGAAAAGGAAUCAAAGAAAUGAACAUUAGAAAAAGUAUUCUUUUUAGCCAUUUCACUGUGAAAACUGAUUUGACUGUAGAUGUCAGCAUCUAUGGUUGUUAAAUGUUUUCCUGCACCAUUAGUAUAAGAAAAGAUGAAUUCAUCAACUAAAAUAAAAUUGUUUCCAUGAUUUAUCAUUUUAGACCUAAGUGGGUAUUAAGUAUUUGAAUUGACUGCAGAACAACAGUGUCACUAUACAUAAUGAUCUCAUGGACAAGUUAAUAUUUCUAAGAUCAAGCAAUUAAGGAAAUUUCAGAGGUAUGUUAUGUAGGGAUAGAAAUCCAAUAUCCAGUAAAAUGAAAAUAUGGCUAGAUAAGGCAUACACUACCUCUGGGAAUUCAAAUAAUUAUUUUUGAGACAA